AAGUUAUUUUCACCGUUUCUGAAAAAGAAUUCAGAAAAUCCAAAAUUCUUACACAUAGAAAGAGAGAGAAAACAAAGAACAGAGAGAACAGUUUCUGCUCUUAAAAACAGAGUAAAAGAAAGAAGUUUUUUUUUUUUUUUUAUAAUUUUUUUUUCUUUACUCUAUUUUUUUAAUUUCGUGUAUUGAAAAACCACCACCUUCAUUCUCUUCACAACCCAGAAAAAAAGCUUGAAACUUUUUUGCGGAUUCAGCUUCAGAAUCUCAAAGGGUAUCUGAUUCAUGGAGGAUCAAAACCUGAACUUACCGGUGGCUUUAUCACCGUGUUCCACCCAAAACGGGUCAGAAACAACCAACAACGCCGCCGUGACGGAAGCUGCCGGAGUUGACGCCGGUUCGGACACCGGAGCGAAGUCCGAAGGUGGUGGUUCGGGAUUACAAGGUGUUAAAAGGGGGAGAGGGAGACCUCGGAAGUACGAGGUUGAUGUCAACCAGAUUUCUCCGGCGCCGUUGUCACCGUCGCCGGUGGGAAUUGCUAUGCAGCCUUUUGGUAGUGAUUCGAAACGUGGAAGAGGACGUCCUCGUGGUUCUGGAAAACUUCAGAUUUUGGCUUCUAUUGGUGGAUGUGUUGCAGAAACGGCUGGUGGAAGCAUCACUCCUCAUGUGGUGACUGUGAACCCUGGAGAGGAUGUGGUUGGAAAGAUAUUUUCAUUUUUUCAGAAAGGUCCUAGAGCAGCUGUGUGCAUACUAUCUGCUACUGGAACUGUAUCAAGUGUCAUCCUUCGUCAACCUGGUGCUUCUGAUGGUUGUUUAAGAUAUGAGGGUCGGUUUGAGAUUUUAACUUUAAGUGGAUCAUGCACUUAUACCAGUGGUGCUGGUGGUGCACAAAGAAAAGUUGCUAUGUUGAGUGUUUCAUUGGCUAAACCUGAUGGAAGAGUUUUUGGAGGUGGUGUUGAGAACUCAUUGAUAGCUGCUACCCCUAUUCAACUUGUUUUGGCCACAUUCAAGCAAAACAUAAGUAAUCAAAUCAAGAGAAAGUACUCAUCAUCUCAAACUCCAACUACUCCAGAUUCAACAAGAGAUAACUUGAAAGUUCCCAAGUUAACUAUAGAAGGAGAUAUAGAAGGAGAUAAUAAUGUGACAAAUACUAAUGAUGUAACAGUAGCGGAUAAUAAUGUGAAAGUUGAAACAACAAUUGAUAAUGUCACUACUAUUGUUGUUGGUGAUGAAAAUGUGCAAUCUGAUUAUGUUGGUGGAGGAAUUGACUUGGACAACAAGGCAUUGGAGUUUGUUACUACAGAUCAUAAAACAUGUUCAGAUGUCGAUGCUAACAGUGUUCCUCAAAUAUGAAGGAAGCACCUUUCAACCUUUUAAGUUAUGCAGCACAAAGUUUUUGUUUUUGUUAGUUGCAGGUUGUUUUCUAAUUAGUGUUUGACUUUGGAAGUGAAAGUUGUGGGUCUAGUUUUGUUAGGUGGAGCUAGUAGAGAAUUUAUUAGGGAUCACAUUGCCAGAAAAGGAGUAUUUGCAGACUCAUUAAUUGGAUUUAUUUUAAUUUCUUCUAUUUUUGGAAUGUUGUCAUGCUUUUACUGAUUUA